AUGGCUGAGAAGUUGCCUGAUUUCAAAAACAGCCUUGCUAUACACGAUGUGUUGAUCGACAAGAAGGAGAAAGAAGAGCCGUUUGAGACCACUUAUCUUGUCUCCGAGGAAGUCUACACCAAGGCUACAGUGCCAAAGCCUGAGAAGGUGUCAAUAUGGUUGGGAGCUAACGUGAUGGUCGAGUAUGAGCUGGACAAAGCUAAAGAGCUUUUGGAAAAGAAUAGAGGAAAUGUACAAAAGGCAGUGGAUGAACUCACCUCAGAAUUAGCUUUUGUAAAAGAUCAAAUUACUACCACCGAAGUGAAUAUUGCUCAUGUG